AUGUUGGCCAAUGUUCUUCUAUUCAGUCGGGAUGGGUAUCCUGCCAUCAGCGGCGCUACUGGCGGGUUUCCGAGCAUCGAAGUCGACCGAGGAGCCAACAUCGAAGACAUCAACCGGUUCAUUGGCGAUAGAAGCAAGCAACUUACCAAAGACCUGGCUUCCCUGAAAGAAAUACAAGAUCACCUGCUUAGCUCUGCCGACGGUAUGUUCCUUUGGGUAUCUCUGGUUAUCGAUUCCAUCAAAAAGGAAAGGACAGCAAGGAAAAUGAAGCUUGCUGCCCUGAACAUGCCCAGAGGAGUUUCUGGGGCUUAUGCAGGUGCUCUCAAACGCAUUCUUGUGAAAGAGGAGCCCGCUAGGGGCUUGGCUUUGAAAGCUCUACUGUGGAUCACAAACUCCAAAAAGCCCGUCAGCAAGCCCCAGCUCCUAGAGGUUCUGGCUCUCGAGAAGGGCAUGUCCUCAAUGGAUGACGACCAACUUGAAAGACUCGAUCCUGACAUUCCUCUGACGACGGAUUGCGCUGAUCUACUUGUUCUCAAAGACGGGCACUAUGCGCUUCUACAUGCUUCCCUGGGCGAUUUCUUGCGAUCUUUGUCUAAGGCACACGUUGAAGGUCUUGAUUAUCAUGGAGAUCUACAAGCACGAGCACCUCAAAUUCUUGCCGAGGACUGCAUCACGUUCCUCAAGUUUGGCGUCUUUGGGAUUGGGCCAAUGCCAAGCCAAGAUGCACUGGAGGAAUUAUUUCAGAAGCACCCUUUCCUGGAGUAUGCUGGUCUUUUCUGGGGAGACCAUUUGAGAGAAGCACUUGACAGCGGGGCUGAAGGACUCAGAGAAGUUGCCUGUGGCCUCAUACGGGCAACUAACACUCGCCGACUCUUGCAUCAGAUUUACAUCCGCAACCUCAGCAACAUGAGAGUACAUGUUAACCCAUUCCCUUUCACAUCCGACACAACACCACUGCAUCUGCUCUCCAUAUUUGGACUGGAUGCGCCCUUAUCCGCGUUCAGUCCCGAUGAAGUAGAUAUACGCCAGACCGACGGAUUCGCCGCCGUCAACACGCAUAUGGACGUAAUGAGGAAGCUCCUCCAACAUUCUGCGAACGCGUCUCUUCAGGCGUGGGAUGGCUCUACGGCAUUGCACCUGGUAUCAAGUGACGGAGAUGUACAGAUGGCAGCAGAACUCCUCAACAGCGGAGCCAACAUCGAAGCAAGAAGAGACGGAUCUUUGACACCGCUACACGAUGCCGCCGCUAAUGGCUGGGAGAAAAUCGUCACCUUUCUGCUCGAAAGUGGCGCAGAAAAAGAAGCAAGAACAUACAGCAGCCAAACUCCUCUUCUACUUGCCAUUCAAGAAGGAAGAACAGGCGCCUCGCGCGUGUUAUUGCACGUCGGGGCAGACAUCGACGUGGUGGACGACGUUGGCUCAAAUUGUCUUCAUUCUGCGGCACGAAGAAACCAAGCAGAGACAAUGUCAUUACUUCUGGCUAAUCCAUUGACUGCGAGACUUUUGAACACCGGCGAUAGAAACCAGCAGACACCGUUACAUGUGGCCACCUGGAAUGGAAGCACUGUCUGCGCGAGAAUGCUUCUCGAACAUGGCGCAGAUCCAGAAAUAGCGGAAACCUUGGGAUGGACGCCUUUGUCAGGUGCUUUGAGGCAAGAAAAUCUCGAACUCGCUCACAUGCUCGUUGACGGUUACAAAGCCGACCCAAAGCACGUGUUUGCUGAAGGAGGUACAAGUAUGCACGCAUUGGCAUUCUGGGACCGGGCCGAGCACAUACAUACGCUGCUGUCCUGGGGAAUCGAUCUUUUGGCACAGGACAGACAUGGCAAUACCGCGCUUCAUAUUGCUGUGAGGCGCAACCGCAUCAGCUUCGAAAGGGCGUUCCUGGCAGAGGUUUCGAGCCAGGACGUCCCUCAGGGAAAUGGGAGGGACAAAUUGUUGGGUGAGUGA